AUGCGCGUGGAGCUAGCGAGAGGCUCUUUCAGGAGGACCAAGCCCCUGGCCACAAAUCCCUGGUCACUUAUACUUAUUCUCUUUUCUGUACAACAUGUAUAUGGGAGUGGGAAGAAGUUCAUUGGCCUUUGCGGAGGAAGAGAUUGCUCUGUUUGCCAGUGCUUUCCUGAAAAGGGGUCUCGGGGUCAACCGGGACCGCCAGGGCCACAGGGUCCCAUUGGACCCCUGGGACCACCAGGACCCAUUGGGCUCGCAGGAGAGAAAGGAAUGAGAGGUGACAGUGGCCCUCCUGGAGCAGCAGGUGACAAAGGAGAUAAGGGUCCAACUGGUGUUCCUGGAUUUCCAGGUUUGGAUGGCAUACCUGGGCACCCAGGGCCCCCUGGACCCAGAGGCAAGCCUGGCGUGAAUGGCUACAAUGGCUCGAGAGGUGAUCCGGGGUUUCCAGGAGAAAGAGGAGCCCCUGGCCUGGGCGGCCCCCCAGGCCUUCCUGGAGAAAAUGGAGAAAAAGGAAAUUCAGUGUUCAUUUUCCGUGCUGUUAAAGGUGUCCAGGGUGACAGAGGGGACCCAGGACCUCCUGGCUUACCAGGACCUAGGGGUUCGAGAGGACCUAUAGGCCUGGUGGGGCAUCCAGGAGAGCCGGGGUUAGCAGGACUUCCCGGCCAUCGUGGGAGUCCGGGUUUGAAGGGUAAUCCUGGUGUGGGAGUAAAGGGGCAAAUGGGAGACCCGGGCGAAGUUGGCCAGCAAGGUUCUCCUGGACCCACCCUCCUGGUACAGCCUCCUGAUUUUUGUCUCUAUAAAGGAGAAAAGGGUGUAAAGGGGAUGCCUGGAGUGAUUGGACCUCCAGGACUACCAGGACCCAAGUUCCCAGGCCCUCGGGGUGACCCUGGCUCCCACGGAUCUCCAGGUUUUCCAGGAUUAAAGGGGGAGCCAGGAGUGUUUGGAGAUCCUGGGCCUUUUGGAUUUCUUGGCCCAAAGGGGGAUUCUGGAGACCGCGGGUACCCGGGGCCACCAGGACUUUUGGCAACUCCACCUCUUCCACUCAGAGGUCCUCCAGGAGAUCCAGGCCUCCCUGGACGCUAUGGAGAAAUGGGGGCCGUCGGAACCCCCGGUCCCCCCGGUCUCGCAGGUAGACCAGGGGAAGCCUGUGCAGGCAUAAUGGGACACCCUGGACCACAAGGAAUUCCUGGUCACCCGGGAUUUCCUGGGGCAGCUGGUAUUCCUGGGAGACCUGAUUCUGCUCCAGGAAAACCGGGGAACCCGGGACCACCUGGGUUGCCUGGAGCACCAGGACUGCAGGGGCCUCCAGGAUCAGAUGUUAUAUAUUGUAGUGUUGGGCACCCAGGACCACAAGGAGUAAAAGGCAAAAUGGGUCCUCCAGGAAGAAGAGGCUCAAAAGGAGAAAAAGGAAAUGCGGGGCUCUGUGCCUGCAAGCCCGGCCCCAUGGGCUCACCAGGCCCUCCAGGACUUCCUGGGAGGCAGGGUAGUAAGGGAGACUUGGGGCUCCCUGGGUGGCUUGGAGAAAAAGGUCACCCGGGCCCUCCUGGUGCUGAAGGAUCUCCAGGGCCACCAGGAGAACCUGGUGCCUCAGGACCACCUGGCGACAAAGGAGAAAAGGGUGACACAGUUGUAUCAAGAGUUAAAGGGCGCAAAGGAGAAAGAGGGCCUGAUGGCCCCCCAGGAUUUCCAGGGCAGCCGGGACAACAUGGCUGGGAUGGACAUGCUGGAGAGAAGGGGGAUCCAGGACUCCCAGGGGAUCAUGAAGACGCAAUCCCAGGUGACCAAGGAUUUCCUGGACCGCCAGGUCCCCCUGGCAGAGAAGGACCUAGGGGGCCCCCAGGACUGGGGUUUCCUGGUCCCCCAGGAGAAAGGGGCCAACCAGGAGAUCCAGGCCGACCAGGCGAGCGGGGCCCGGAUGGCAUGAAGGGUCAGAAAGGUGGUACGAUUUCUUGUAAUGUCACCUACCCUGGGAGGCCAGGCCCUCCAGGUUUUGAUGGACCUCCAGGUCCGAAGGGAUUCCCAGGUCCUCAGGGCGCUCCUGGGCUGCGGUGUUUUGAUGGGCAGAAAGGUCGGCGUGGCAAACCAGGGCUAUCAGACAUACCUGGCCCACCUGGUUUUCGUGGUGACAUGGGAGAUCCAGGUUUUGGAGGUGAAAAGGGGUCCUCUCCUGUCGGACCCCCAGGCUCCCCCGGUUUACCUGGAGAACAUGGUCAGAAAGGAAUCCCUGGAGACCCUGCUUAUGGCCACCCAGGACCCCCAGGAAAGAGAGGUCUUUCAGGGGCGCCAGGAUUGAAAGGACUUAGAGGUGAUCCAGGACAUCCGGGGCCUGCAGGACCAGCUGGCAUUCCCGGAUUCCCAGGUCUCAAAGGUCCCAAAGGCAGAGAGGGAAGCCCUGGAUUUCCAGGUGUCCCAGGCCCACCUGGCCAUUCCUGUGAAAGGGGUGCCCCUGGGUUACCAGGGCAACCGGGACUCCCCGGGGCUCCAGGCAGUCCAGGUGCCCCCGGUUGGAAAGGACAGCCAGGGGAAGUGGGGCCUCCUGGCCCAGGUGGAAUGAAGGGCCUCCCAGGAGUCCCGGGACGGCCAGGGGCAGAUGGACCCUCAGGACCCCCGGGAAUCCCAGGCCCCUUUGGGGAUGAUGGACGACCCGGUCUUCCAGGCCCAAAGGGACCCCAGGGGCUGCCAGGCUUCCGAGGUUUUCCGGGAGAGAGAGGAAAGGCUGGCCCAGAGGGAUACCCCGGCAGGAAGGGAGAAGCCGGAGAGGAAGGUUGGCCUGGCUUCCUCGGAGACCCGGGAGUGAAAGGCGCCAAAGGAGAGAGAGGACGCCCAGGAGAUGAAGGAGAAAUGGCUAUAAUUUCCAAAAAUGGGGAAGUCGGGGAACCUGGACCUCCUGGAGAUGGUGGAUUCCCAGGACAAGAAGGUGACAAAGGCAGCCCUGGGGUGCCAGGGAGGAAAGGAGAGCCGGGAAGACACGGGCCACCCGGAUUUCACAGAGGAGAGCCUGGGCGAAAUGGGCAGCCGGGGCUGCCGGGCUCCCCAGGCCCCCCAGGCUCACCUGGGCUGAGAGGGAUCAUUGGUUUUCCAGGAUUUCCAGGUGACCAGGGUGAACCAGGUCCUCCAGGGCCCCCUGGACUUGCAGGAAUUGAUGGAACAAGAGGACCUAAAGGAACCAGAGGUGAGCCUGCAAGUCAGUUUGGCCCACGUGGUCCAAAUGGUGAGCCCGGGAGCCCUGGAUGUCCAGGGCAUUUUGGAGUCCCCGGAGAGAAGGGCUUGCCUGGUGUUCAAGGGCAGAAAGGACCACCAGGAAGGCCAGGGUUGCCUGGCCCCUCUGGACCACCAGGAUGUCCAGGUAAUCAAGGGGUGCCUGGGCCAAUGGGACAUCCAGGAGAAAUGGGGGAUCCUGGACCAAGAGGCCAGACGGGGGAUCCAGGGACACCAGGUCUUCCAGGCAUAAAAGGUCCCGUGGGGUUACCUGGCCUGGAUGGCUUGCAUGGUCUAAAGGGCCAGAAAGGAACCAAAGGUGCUUCAGGCUUGAAUGAAGUGGGCCCGCCUGGUCCAGUGGGAAUGCCUGGGCUGAAAGGGGAGACAGGUGACCCUGGGAGCCCAGGAAUUUCUCCUCCAGGGCGUUUUGGAGAAAAAGGCCCCCCAGGCCCCCCAGGAAGACCUGGCCCACCUGGUCCUGCAGGUGCCACAGGAAGAGUUCCUAAGGGCGACAUUCCUUACCCGGGUCCACCUGGAGAUCAAGGGCCUCCUGGCCCUGAUGGUCCAAGAGGAGAACCUGGGCCUCCAGGGCCCCCUGGGAGUAUUGACCUUCUGCAAGGGGAACCAGGUGACUAUGGUCUGCCAGGGCCUCCAGGUCCCCCGGGCCCACCAGGCCCUCCAGGACAAAAAGGCCUCCCAGGAUGUGAUGGGAAAGAUGGCCAGAAAGGACCAGUGGGACUCCCGGGGCCACAGGGGCCACAUGGACUUCCUGGGUCACCUGGAGAGAAGGGUUUACCUGGCCCUCCAGGCAGACAAGGGCCCUCUGGUCCUCCAGGUUCCAGAGGCGAACAGGGGCCACCUGCAGAUUUGGAGGCCUGCCCCCGAAUCCCGGGACUUCCUGGAGUCCCGGGCCCACGAGGACCCGAAGGAGAACCAGGGCUCCCUGGAAUGAGAGGCCCCCCAGGACCAGGGUGCAAAGGAGAGGCCGGGCCGGAUGGCAGGAGGGGCCAGGAUGGCAUGCCAGGGUCUCCUGGGCCUCCGGGACACAAAGGCGACAUGGGAGAAGCCGGCUGCCCUGGAGCCCCAGGCCCUCCCGGGCCCGUCGGGGAUCCUGGGCCCAAAGGGUUUGGCCCCGGAUACCUCAGCGGCUUCCUCCUGGUUCUCCACAGCCAGACGGACGGAGAGCCCAUCUGCCCCGUGGGCAUGCCCCGGCUCUGGACCGGCUACAGUCUGUUAUAUCUGGAAGGACAGGAGAAAGCCCACAACCAGGAUCUCGGUCUGGCGGGGUCUUGCCUCCCCGUGUUUAGCACUCUGCCCUUCGCCUACUGCAACAUCCACCAAGUGUGCCACUAUGCCCGGAGAAACGACAGAUCCUACUGGCUGGCCAGCGCCGCGCCCCUGCCCAUGAUGCCGCUCUCGGAGGAGGACAUCCGCCCGUACAUCAGCCGCUGUGCCGUGUGCGAGGCCCCGGCUCAGGCGGUGGCAGUACACAGCCAGGACCAGUCCAUACCCCCAUGUCCACAGGCCUGGAGGAGCCUCUGGAUUGGCUACUCCUUCCUGAUGCACACAGGAGCUGGGGACCAAGGAGGAGGGCAGGCCCUCAUGUCACCUGGCAGCUGCCUGGAGGACUUCAGAGCAGCCCCGUUCCUCGAAUGCCAAGGUCGGCAAGGAACUUGCCAUUUCUUUGCAAAUGAGUACAGCUUCUGGCUGACAGCAGUGAAGCCACAAUUGCAGUUUUCUGCGGCGCCGUCACCAGACACCUUAAAAGAAAGCCAGGCUCAGCGCCAGAAAAUCAGCAGGUGCCAGGUCUGCGUGAAGAUGAGCUAGAGAACCCACAACUUGCCCACGUGUCGCCAAGAGAAGCUUCCUAGGGGGCUGAGGCGUCCUCGGCUGUGCUACAAGAUUUAAUGGUGCUCGUUUCGGAUUCCGGUUACAGCUGUUCCUUCUGUUUCAAUGUGGUUCCUCCCACAGUACUGUAACCUUUUCCUCUAUGUUGGACAGGAUGAGCAAAUGCUACACGUAUGGAUUCGUUUGGACCUACCGAUCUAGAUGAAACCCAUAUAUUCUUAUUUUAUUGAGGAUGGUGGAAGAGCUGGCUUUAUUUAAAAAUAUGCUAAUUCACAGGAAGGCAAAUAGAUGAAUAAGGCCAGAUUACAGAUUACAUUACUGAAAACUCCAUUCAUUGGUCAAUAGCACCUCAAACAAUUGAAGUCAAUUGCUCGGUCAUACGUUGGGCUUCUGGAUGGAUUUUACAGGAAACACUAAAUAGGCCAACCAAGGAGACUAGAAAGUAGAGAUUUCCAACAUUUCAAAAUGAUUUCCUCUGUAAUCUAUUUUUCCAUGCACUUUAAAUAAUUGUAAAACCAUGACCCAAGGAGAUUUAAAAAAGAAGAAAGAAAAGAAAUCCACACAGCCAGAGUUAACAGUUCUUUUCAAAACAGAAUAAAUCAUCGUGUCAGAAAGGAUCACAGUCUCGGGUAUUCCAGAGACGUGGCAUUAGCAUAAACACAUCACAGAUGCACGUGAAACAUUAUGUUCUCUUCUGCAUUUUUCGGAGAAUAGAAAUGCCCACUUCGGCAGCCCUUUUAAAAAGUAGCAAUUAGGGAAAAAAUAUAUUCAAUCAGGGAUUAAGAGCCUAAAAGCUAUUAAUGAAUAUUAAGGCAGUGAUUCACAAAAAUUGACUCCCCAUCGCAGUGAACUUCCAAACAGACUGCUUUUCCCCAGUCGGGGUCCAGCCUGUCUUUGGUGUGUGCGUGCUAAUGGGACUGAAGCCACCUGGGGCUUCCUCUGGCGGGCACACGGCUCAUACAAAGCACCUCGCUCCCCUCCACAGCAGAGCCUGCAGAGCCGCCUAGCAACACACUGUGGAGUCUCUUUCCACACACAUAACAGCAUCUCAUACAGGGAAGUGACAGAGCUAUCAUUAUGCACUUGGGAGAAAAUUAAGGGCCGACUUAAUUAAACUAAGGUAAGAAGAUUCAUUUAAGUCAUGGUCAUCCCACCAGGAAGACAUGGCACUAUCUUUAACCGAAACAAAGACAACCCACAAUUUGAAUUAUACGUUCCUCUUACUGGUUCUUGUAGGAGCAUCCUGUUUUUCCAACUUAAAAUAUUUUUAUAUUUUAUAUCAGUAUUAU